AUGCCCACUUCCUCAUGUCUAACAGUCGUGUCGACCACUUACUACCAUAACUUGCUGCCACCAAAUCCCCCACACUUCCUCAGCUCUAACAGUCGUAUCAACCACUUGCUCCCAUCAAAACCUUCACACUUCCUCAGCUCUAACAGUCAUAUCAACCACUUGCUGCUAUCAAAUCCCCCACACUUCCUCAGCUCUAACAGUCAUAUCAACCACUUGCUCCCAUCAAAUCCUUCACACUUCCUCAGCUCUAACAGUCAUGUCCACCACUUACUGCCACCAAAUCCCCCACACUUCCUCAGCUCUAACAGUCGUAUCAAUCACUUGCUCCCAUCAAAACCUUCACACUUCCUCAGCUCUAACAGUCAUAUCAACCACUUGCUCCCAUCAAAUCCUUCACACUUCCUCAGCUAUAACACUCGUAUCAACCACUUGCUCCCAUCAAAACCUUCACACUUCCUCAGCUCUAACAGUCGUAUCAACCACUUGCUCCCAUCAAAACCUUCACACUUCCUCAGCUCUAACAGUCAUAUCAACCACUUGCUCCCAUCAAAUCCCCCACACUUCCUCAGCUCUAACAGUCAUGUCCACCACUUGCUCCCAUCAAAACCUUCACACUUCCUCAGCUCUAACAGUCAUAUCAACCACUUGCUGCUAUCAAAUCUUUCACACUUCCUCAGCUCUAACAGUCGUAUCAACCACUUGCUCCCAUCAAAACCUUCACACUUCCUCAGCUCUAACAGUCAUAUCAACCACUUGCUGCUAUCAAAUCCCCCACACUUCCUCAGCUCUAACAGUCAUAUCAACCACUUGCUCCCAUCAAAUCCUUCACACUUCCUCAGCUCUAACACUCGUAUCAACCACUUGCUGCCAUCAAAAACCUCCAUGUUUUCUCAGCUCUAACAGUCGUAUCAACCACUUACUGCCAUCAAAACCUUCACACUUCCUCAGCUCUAAAAGUCAUGUCCACCACUUGCUGCCAUCAAAAUCCCCACACUUCCUCAGCUCUAAAAGUCAUAUCAACCACUUACUGCCAUCAAAACCUUCACACUUCCUCAGCUCUAACAGUCAUAUCGACCACUUACUGCCAUCAAAACCUUCACACUUCCUCAGCUCUAACAGUCGUAUCGAAAACUUACUGCCAUCAAAAUCCCCACACUUCCUCAGCUCUAACAGUCAUAUCAACCACUUACUGCCAUCAAAACCUUCACACUUCCUCAGCUCUAAAAGUCAUGUCCACCACUUGCUGCCAUCAAAAUCCCCACACUUCCUCAGCUCUAAAAGUCAUAUCAACCACUUACUGCCAUCAAAACCUUCACACUUCCUCAGCUCUAACAGUCGUAUCGACCACUUACUGCCAUCAAAACCUUCACACUUCCUCAGCUCUAACAGUCGUAUCGAAAACUUACUGCCAUCAAAAUCCCCACACUUCCUCAGCUCUAACAGUCGUAUCAACCACUUACUGCCAUCAAAACCUUCACACUUCCUCAGCUCUA